AUGGCAUUGUCGUUUCUCCGAUGGAUCUUCAGGCUCCUGACGGUCCUGUUCGUCUUUCAAGGUGUAUCUGUGAUGUUUUAUUACACACCCAACACACACUCCUCCAGAGAUGGGAUGACGGACACGCUUCAGCUGCUGCGCUGCGCUAAACUCAGACACAAGUUUUCUAUUAUCAAACCGGCCAAAAGUAUAAAACUGGAGAGAUUCACGCGGGAGCUGUCAGAUUUCUUGAGCUGCCCGUACAAAGAAAACACUACCGAGCGCGAGCUGAACAGAAUCAGGCUGCAGUUUUGCUGUAACGCCACAGGAACAUUACUCCUCACCAAACGAAACACAGCCGUCAAUCAGACCAUCCCGUAUGAGACGAGCACUACAAGCACAUUCACAAUGAAUGACACCCUACACAGCAUGCUGCCUGAGGAUUUCCCCUGGAGCGGUCGUCGUCUGGGUCGGUGUGCUGUGGUCGGCAGCGGUGGGAUUCUGAAGAACAGCAGCUGUGGACGUGAGAUUGACAGCGCAGACUUCGUCAUACGGUUUAAUUUGGCGACAAUUAAUGACAGUGAUGUUGGGCUGAAGACGGAUUUCAUAACCAUCAACCCCAGUCAGAUUCAGAGAGAAUACAAAAACCUGGAGAAGAAUCCGGAUGCGCUGGUGGAGCGGGUCAGUGUGUACGGAAACGCCUCUCUUGCUAUGCCCGCAUUUGCCUACACCUUCUGCACUGAACUGUCAAUCAGAGCUCUUAAUGCCCUCUAUCCAGUCAGACCUCAGCAGCCAUUGGCGUUCUUCAGCCCGUAUUACCUGCAGACACUGGACCGUUUCUGGAAGGGGCGUGGCCUGAAGUCGAUCCGCCUCUCCUCUGGGUUUAUGUUAAUUAACACGGCGCUGGAACUGUGUGAGCAUGUGCAUGUUUAUGGAUUCUGGCCAUUCGACACCGACCUGCAGGACAAUCUGGUUCCGUAUCAUUAUUAUGACCUGAGAAGACCGAGCAAACGCAUGCACAAAAUGCCGGAUGAGUUUGUGCGGCUUCUGCAGCUCCACAGCCAGGGAGCGCUAACACUGCACCUGCAGCCCUGCUCCUCAGACGUACACUGACUUGUGAUCUUAUUUUGACUGACUGUCAUUUAUUUAUAUGAGAGGACAUAUCAGUGGCGAGCGGUGACUUUUUUAACCGGGUAUGCUGACUGCUACACUCAAUUCUCAAUUCUUAAGAUUUAUGUAUUUCAAUUGCAUAUAAAAUUUCCAUCCAUUUUGAUUACAUAUUUUUAACUUAAACAAAUUAAUAAACUUUAUGUUGAUGCAAAUUUGCCAACCUUAUGUAAAUGAAACAAGUAAAUAAUAAGACUUAUGUAGCCUAAUAGUACCAAUAAAUCCAAUUUGUUU